AUGUUUUCGAAUUCAAACGCCUAUCUAGGCGGAAAUAGCCAGCGGCCUGGCCAACAACAAUAUGGAAGUCAGUUCGGGAUGGGAAUAGGUGCCGGCCAACAGGGGCUGGGCCAGUCCCAAGCCGGGCCCUUCGCCCCUCAGCCGACCGGCUUUGGACAAGCUCCGUUGCAGCAGCAGUUUACGGGAUAUCCCAUGGCGUCCCAGGCUACGGGUAUGCCACAGCAGCAACAGCCUCCGAUGCCACUGCAGAGUCAGUUUACAGGAAUGCCUGGCCCACAAGGCUUCCAGGCUGCACCACCAAUGCCGUCCAUCCCGCCGCAGUAUCAACAACAAUUCCAGCAACAGCAGCAGCAACUACAGCAGCAGGAGCAACCCCAGUCGCAGGCGCAACCCCAGGCUCCUCAGUUCCAGAUCUCCCAACCGACCGGCUUCGUAUCGCCGAGCCAACUGAAUCCACUUGCGCCUCCCCCGCCCCCCCAGAAGCCCCAGCCGACUGGGUUCACCGAGAUGGCGGCAUCUUUCCAAACUGGAGCCUCAAAGCCCGCUCCUGCGCCCCCUCGAAAAACCAACAAGAUCCCAAACAUUAGGUUGUCAUUUAUUACCGCGCAGGAUCAAGCCAAGUUCGAGACCUUGUUCAAGUCCAAGGUCGGCGACUCGCAGACGACCAUUUCCGGAGACAAGGCUCGAGACUUGCUUCUUAGGUCUCGACUUGAUGGCGAUACCUUGUCCCACAUCUGGACGUUGGCCGAUACCACACGCUCCGGCCAGUUACAUUUCCCCGAGUUCGCACUCGCCAUGUACCUUUGCAACCUCAAGCUCACGGGCAAGCAACUACCUACGACGCUUCCGGAAAACAUCAAAAACGAGGUGUCGAGCAUGGUAGACAUUAUCAACUUUAGCGUGGCUGAGGAUGCGGCGGCACCAUCGUCGACUGCACCUGACUUCAGCGCUAGACAGAACACCGCAUCUCCACCCACGAUUCACCAACCGCAGCCGCAGCCUUCGAAUUCGCAGAUUCUCCAGGCGCAGAUGACCGGAUUCCCCGGCCAGCAACCAGGCUUUGGCCAGCCUCCGGGCCUGCAAUCGCAGCAGACUGGGUUCCUGGGCUUGUCCAACCCACAGGCCACCGGGUACAGCGGCCCUCGGCCUCCCAUGCCUCCCAUGCCCACAGGCUUCGGCCAGAACUUGUCUCCUGGGGUGGGUCUGGGUGGCAUGGCGCAGCCUUUGAAUGCACAGCCGACCGGCCGUCCAGGUCAGUGGGGACUUGUUAAUACUCCUGCUUCUGGAUUGCCGAAUAUCGAUGCUCUCCAGGCUCGCAUGAUGCCUCAGCAGGGUCGCGAACAGUCAAACUUCACCACCGCAGGCCUUCAAGGAAAUGCCGUCAUUCCAUGGGCAAUUACAAAGGAUGAGAAGCAUCGAUAUGAUGCUCUCUUCCGUGCUUGGGAUGGAAUGAACAAAGGUUUCAUCGCGGGCUCUCAAGCCAUAGAAAUCUUUGGCCAAAGUGGCCUGGAGAAGUCUGAUCUCGAGCGCAUCUGGACCCUUGCUGAUAACGGCAACAAGGGUCGGCUGGAUCUCGAUGAGUUCGCCGUGGCUAUGCACUUAAUUUACAGGAAACUGAACGGCUACCCCGUCCCCAACAAUCUCCCCCCCGAGCUCGUUCCCCCUUCGACCCGAAACAUUAGUCAGUCCAUCGGAGCGAUGAAGUCCAUGCUCCACGAGGAGUCUGAGUUCCGAAAGAACUCGGGUGCUGCCCUGCUACCACAGCGGACUGGUGUCAAUUAUGCCAAAACUCAUUCGCUUCGAGGCAAUGUUGGAGGCGCUUAUGGGCGGAAGAAGGACGCCACUAGUUUCAAGAACAACGACGAUGAUCUCGGCUAUAAGUCGAGCGCGCGCCGUAGGAUUGGGACUAGCUCGCCUCGGCCUGGCUCGCCCGCCUCCUCUGUAACCUCGAAUGACGAUCUUACUCUUGACCAGUUGAGGAAGAAAAUCCGAGAAAAGCAAGUUCUUCUCGAUGCCAUCGACUUUACGGACGAGAAGCACAGCGAGGAAGACGACUUGCUUGAUAGGAGGGAUCGCCGAGAGGCAGAGGAGCUGUAUCGCCGCAUCCGCAGGAUUCAAGAGGACAUCGAUGCCCACCCCGAUGCGGGCUGGGCUUCGGGGGAUUCCGAUGCCGAGAGGCGUGCCUUGAAGCGCCAACUCCAGAAUUUGACCGAUCGCAUCCCCCAGCUUGCGUCCGAAGUCCGGAAAACCGAGAAGGCCAUUGCUGACGCGCGCCUGGAGCUGUUCCGAUUGAAAGAUGCCAAGGCUCAUCCCGGGAGUGCCGCCGCAAUCAUUGGUACCGGGCCUGGCGGAAUGGUAACGGAGUCAGACAGGCUUAAGGCUAGAGCGAAGGCCAUGAUGCAGCAACGAACUGCGGCGCUGACCGGCAAGAAGGUUGACGUGAGCGGUGAUGAGGAUGCUGCCAAGCGCCUGGAGGAGGAGAGCAUCAAGGCCAGAACCGAGAAGGAAAAUAACGAGCGCAUGGUCCGUGAUGUGGAGGACAGCGUACGUGAUUUUGCCAAGGGUCUUGAAGAUGGUUUGAAGGAGGGCGCCAGAGACUCGACGAGUGAGCAUGAGCGUCGCCGCUGGGAAGAUGGUCUGGGUGUUGAGGACGAGGUCAGAGAUUUCAUCUUUGAUAUGCAACGCUCCAGCCGAGCUGCUCGCGUUCGUUCUCAGGACAAACGGACCACUCGGCCUGCUGAGCCUGUUUCUCGAGCUCAGCCAGAGCCCGCGGCGAGGCAUGACACUCCCCCUCCACGAUCCACAGCAUCCCCCUCGACUGUGUCUGGAGGCAGCUCGUACUCGUCUUACAAGACGCCCGAGGAACGAGCUGCGUUCAUUAAGCAGCAGGCCGAGCAACGAAUGGCCGAGAGACUGGCUGCUCUCGGAAUCAAAGCACCGUCCAAACCUGGUGAGACCGCCGCACAGAGAAUUGAGCGUGAGAGGGCAGAGAAGGCCGCCAAGCUGCGACAGGCAGAAGAAGAGGAUGCGCGUAGGGAGGCCGAACGCCAGGCGAGGCUUGCGGAAGAGCAAGGCGUCCCCCCGCCGGCCCCAGAGCCCGCCAAGACCGAGACCCGCAAGCCUCCUCCACCACCAUCGCGAAAGGCAACCAGGGAACCUCCCCCAGCGCCCGCGCCCGCGCCCGCGCCUGCACGCGCAGCUCAUGUUGAAGAUGAUGCGGGAUCCAAGGAUGAGCUUGCACGUGAGAGGGAGGCAGCUGAGGCACGCCUCAAGGCUCUCGAGGAGCAGGUACGACAGAACAAACUGAAGAAGGAGGAAGAGAAGCGGCGAAAGAAACAAGCGCUCGCCGAAGGCAGGGAACGGGAGGCAAAAGAACGGGAAGCCAAGGAGCGAGAGGCAAGGGAACGCGAGGCCAAGUUGGCCGCCGAGCGUGCUGAAUUCCAACGCCGAGAAGAAGAGCUUAGGCGCCAACUCGAAGCAGAGGAUGACGAGGACACCUCGUCCGAUGAGGAGGGUCCUCAGCAGAUAACCCCCGUCGAAUCGACACCCACUCAUGGCAGCCAGGAGCUGGAACGCGCUACACCCUCUCCUCAACCCGCAGUGGUGGUUUCACCUCCAGCUGUACCUACGCCAUCCACAGAUACCGAAAGCAAGAACCCUUGGUUCAAGAUGAUGGCCCAGCCUUCGACUACCGAGCCCCAGCAACCCACGACUGCUCCGGCACCAGUCCCACCAGCCCCGCCAGCUCCUUCCGAGUCUACCAACCCUUUCCACCGAAUGGCCCAGAAAGCCCAAACUCCUUCCGCUCCUUUCGUCCCUGGCCCUACGAUCUCGCGCAAGCGUGCUGACGACGAUGACGAUGGUUGGGGUUCUGAGAAGGCCGAUGAUUCCGACGAUGAGUCUGACGACGGACGCCCUGGUGGUACCAAGGCUGCCCAGCUGGCCCAGAUGCUCUUCGGCGCCAUGGGACCUCCUCGACCACUCUCCGCCACGGGUGAGAAGACAACCUCUCCUCCUCCAGCAACAGAGACAUCAUCGCCCCCACCCGCGCCUCCCCCGCCGCCGCCAGCGUCAGCGCCACCUACGUUGACCACGGGCGAAUCGCCAAGCGCACCCCCUCCACCUCCUCCACCACCACCGGCGGCGGCGGAUGCCCCGGUUGCUGCUCCUCCUCCGCCUCCGCUUCCCCAGACUUCUGCUCCAGGUGCGCCACCGCCGCCCCCACCUCUGCCAGACUUCGGAGCUCCCGCUCCUCCUGGCCCUCCACCCCCGCCACCCAUGCCUAACUUGGGCGGCCCACCUCCACCACCCCCGAUGCCUAAUCUCGGAGGUGGCGCUCCGGCCGGGCCUCCAGCGGGAGCUGCUCGACCUGCCGGGUUCCUGGGAGAGAUUCAAGCUGGCAGGGCACUCAGGAAGACGACGACCAAGGACAAGAGCGGAUCGGCACUUGCCGGCCGCGUAUUGGAUUAA